AUGACUAUACAACCAAAUUUAUUCGAAAGAAUUAUAGAAGCACAACAAGAAGAACCCGAGAUAAUCGAGUUAAUCAUUCGAAUUCAAAGAAAAGAAACAGAAGCAUUUGAAGUGGGUGAGAAAGGUGAACUAAGAAUGAACGAGAGAUUAUGUAUACCAGACAAUAUUGAGCUGAAAGAAGAGAUAUUGAAAGAAGGACACCAGGGAAUGUUUCACUUACACCUCGGUAGAGACAAGAUGAUUGAAGAAUUAAGAAAACUAUUUUGGUGGAAAGGUAUGAGAAAAGAUGUAGCUGAAUUUGAAUCUCGGUGUUUGAUUUGCCAAAAGGUGAAAUUUGAAAGGCAGAAAAGUUCUGGACUACUUCAACCACUAUAA